GUCAAACAUUGAAACAGUACUUUUUAUAAAUGGUAUCUGUUAAAUCAAUUAUUGCUAUCUCUAUCUCAAUUGCGGGUGUACUUGCAGUCAAUGUUGCAAACAUUGCCAAUUGUCCUGCUCUCCCAGCUCGUGCAACCCCCGCAAAAGAUGUCACUGAUCUUCGUAUUGAUGACAUUAAUAUUAUUGGUGCAUUAGGUGACAGUAUUAUGGCCGGGUUUGCCAUGAACGGUCUUGAUUAUGAAGGAAGCGGUAUUCUUAAUUUGAGUUUGAUUUCCGAAUACCGUGGUAAUAGUUAUGCCAUUGGUGGAGAUACAGGUGCUAUUACACUUGCAAACUUUGUCAAAAAGUACAAUCCUAACGUCAAAGGAGCUUCUGUUCUUUCGCAUAUUGUCUCUUAUUGUGGUGGAAACAACUGUAAAGCACCACUCAGUUUAUAUCGCCCCCUGAAAGAUAACUUGAAUGCUGGGCAAAGUGGUGCCACUGCCAUGAACUUGGAUUAUGAGCUUGAUUAUCUUAUUCCUCGUAUGAAGGCAUAUAUUCUCUCCACCAGUUAUAAAAAUGAUUGGAAGAUGGUUACUAUUCAGAUCGGAAGUAAUGACCAAUGUGCUAGCUGUAACCCAGAUAUGCAAUCUUACACAACUGCUGACGCAUAUGGAAAAUAUGUCGAAGAUGCUAUUCUUCGUAUCAAAGCUGAAAUUCCUAAAGUUGUAAUCAACUUACUUGGUACAUUCAAAGUAUCUGGAGUUUUCCCAUUGUCUGCAAACAACGCAGAUUAUUGUAUCAAGAACGGAAUUCUAGAAAACUCUAAGGAAUGCUCAUGCUCCGGAUCUGCUGCUGACUUGACAAAGAUGGAUAAUCUUUCGGACGCUUAUAAUGCCAAAUUAGCUGCACUCGCUAACAAAUAUAAAGGUGUUGCUGGAGCCACAUUUGCAGUCAUGUAUAGUCCCGCACCAAUUGAUCUCGGAUCCUUCCCUAUCAAUGCUCUUAGCAAUGUAGAUUGUUUCCAUCCUAGCAAAAAAGGCCAUCAAUGGUUUGCAAAGACUUUUUGGAAUCAAUUGUUCAAGACAAAAAGUCUUAAGCCUCCAGUAAUCUCCUUCGAAGAGAAUCUUGAUUUAUACUGCCCGACCAGUGAUGACAGACUCCCAACUACCAACGCUUAAUUUACAUUACUUGCAAUCGAAAUUGAUGCUGUGCAUAAUUUCGUAUAAU